UUUUUUUUUAUAUUUAUAAAUAUAUUUAUAUAUUACUACUAUAAUAUUUUAAUAAAAUUGUUGUAUAAUGAUGAAACCAAGAUCAUCCAUAGAGCUUGGUAAACAAGCGAACAUUACAGUUGAUCCAAACAUUCCAAUUCGACUUUAUUUUAGAUCUGCUGAUUUGUUAUUAAAACAAGCUCGGGUUUAUAAGCUUGAACAAGAUUUAGAGCAUGCUUAUGUACUUUAUAUGAAAUAUACAAUUCUCGGACUUAAUGAACUUCCAAAACAUCCAUCUUACAAGAAUUCUGAAAAUAGAAAAAAUCUGAAAUUAUUAAAUAAAAAUUGUUUGGAAGCACUAGAGGCAUUAGAAACCAUGAAACCAGUUAUAGAUGAAAUUUAUUCAGUCUUCAUUAAAAAAGAAGCACAACAGAAAAUAGAACAAGAAAGUCUCAAUAGAAAUCAAGCAGGUCAACAACACUAUUCACCUACAGAGAAUGAUGUUCUGCAAGAUUGGAAUUUACAAGAUGCUUUAAAGGGCGUAGUUGGUGUUGGAUAUCAGCCAGAAACGUUACCCUAUUCUGUAAAUAAUUAUCCAAAGACAAAUUACCCAAGUCCUUCGUUACAUAAUCAAAGUGACAGCUUUUCCUAUCAAUCUCAGCAACCACCUGAUUUACCACCAAAGACUUUUGAGCAGCAGCAACAGCAACACCAACACCAACAGCAACAACAACCUAAUUUACCGCCAAGGGCCUUUGAGCAGCAGCAGCAGCCUAGUUUACCACCUAAAAUACCUAUUAUUCCUAGAGGACCUGAAUUACCACCAAAGAUCAAGUUAAAUGAAGAAGAAAAAGUUCGAAUAGGAGGCCCUACAGUAGAUGCUUCAACAGAAAGGGGUGAACCUUUAAGACAAAUGCUAUUGCCAAAAAGUAUUCAAUCCAAAUUUCUUUCUAUUGCUGAACCCAAUACACGUAAAAAGAUAGAAACAUGUGGUAUUUUGGCAGGAACAUUGAAAAAUAAUGUAUUAAAGAUCACAACUUUAAUUAUACCCAAGCAAACAGGUACAACAGAUACUUGCACAACAGAAAAUGAAGAAGAACUGUUUGAUAUUCAGGAUAAAUAUGACUUGCUUACAUUUGGCUGGAUACAUACACAUCCUACUCAAUCUUGCUUUUUGAGUUCAGUGGAUUUGCAUACACAUUGUUCAUAUCAACUGAUGUUACCUGAAGCCAUUGCUAUUGUCUGUGCUCCUACACAGGAUCCAAAUUUUGGUAUAUUUAGAUUAACCGAUCCACCUGGUCUGGAUGUCAUUAGUAAUUGCAAAAGGCAACCAGCUUUUCAUCCACAUCCUGAUUUACCCAUUUAUACGAGUGCAGGAAAUGGUGGACAUGUUACAAUAUCAGAUUAUGAUUUUAAAAUAUUGGAUUUGCGAAAAGACAAAACAUUUUAGAAAAGAAUUCUCACUCAUUUUUAUUUGUAUGUAUUUAUAUACAAACAUUAUUGAAAGAGGGGGUGGGGGCCUAUAAACUUGAAACAUUUAUACAUACAAAAAAAAAAA